UGACGUCACAACACGGAAGUCGAUCAAAUUUUACCCGGGAAUUUCGGAGUUUACCGGACCUAUUUAAUGAGACUGUGAUCGGUUGUAUCAUAUGCACCUUGGAAGAAGACGAAAGUCGAAACACGUUGUGCCCUGUAUGUUUUUUAUUCUUUGUUUUAAUUGUAUCUAUAUUGUAAUAAAUCUCUUCAUAUAUUUACCCACUUGGCUACCCGAGUUGUGGUGUGAUUGGAAGAGUAUUUAGAGGAAUUAGAAGCUGACUUCGCUGGAUGAAGCAGUCUGGCUGACAUCAUUUGAGGAGCAAAUACAGUCAGAGCUUGCUAUUUAAGGCUCUACAGAUCGUGAGUGACUCAAUACCAAAUACUGUUGAUAUACAGUCUCUCUAUACAGUAUUAUGCUAUGUACAUUUUGUUUAUUUUUUUUAGAUUGAUCCAGUAAGCUACUGAUUGAAUAACUGAUGUACAGAUAUAAGUAUAAUAUUGUGAUAUUACUUUUCUAGCACCCCCCUCCUUUUCUUUCUUUUUCCCUUGAACCACUACAAUGUGCUGUAGUGGUUAUGAUGCUUGCAAUGUUCCUUUAACCCCUUAAGGACCAAACUUCUGGAAUAAAAGGGAAUUAUGACAUGUCACACGUCAUGUGUCCUUAAGGGGUUAAAAUCAAAUUUUUCAAUGCAUAGAAGAGAUCGCAGCCCUCUAGUUAAAUCAACCAACCCACUGCGUUAGUCAUUUUUAAGUUAAAGUCCCUUCUCACAGCCAUAAAGAUGGCAGCAGACAGUCGGCAUGUCUACGGGACAAAAGACCUCAUUGCACCUUAAGUCUGAUGCAUUUUGAGCAUUUAAACCCUUACUCAGAACUUUUUUUUUUUUUCAUUCUUCCUUAUUUGACUUCUGUUUGACAAUAUAAUCAAUUCAAAGUGUAUCUAACAUAAAACAAAUGAACUGCAGUUUUCCCCUUUAAAUCUAACAUAAAACAAAUGAACUGCAGUUUUCCCGUUUUAAUGGUCAUCGCGUUUGCAAUUUGAUUUUCAUUACAUCAGUCACUAUAGAAAUAAAAUAGAAUUUAAUCUUUACCUCUUAAUUGCCAUUAACUCCUCUGUAGUUUUCCGUAUUUCUGCCUUUUUAUCAAGCUUUGCUUUAGUCGCUUGAUUUACGCUAAAAACAAACAGAUAAAAUUAGGAGAAAUGAGCUUUUAGAUAUGUGCUGAAAAUCUCAAACAAUAAACAGGGGUUUACGUUUUUUCGGCAUCCAAUGCAGCUUUUUCCUUUUCUUUCAGAAAAUCUUCAAAAGCCGCGGUUUCCUCUUCAAGAUUUUUUAUGGCAUUUUUCAAUUCCCUUUUUUCAUACAUCAAGGUUUUUUCCAAAUCUCUAAUCUCAUCUUGUUUCACAAACUAGGAUAUCAAGAUGUGCACGUUAAUAAUUUUUGUCCAUAAUGCACUAUUAAAAAGACACUUCACUGUUUUAAUAUGAUAUGAAUUGUAUAUAUACACACACACACACACACAAUGCAAGUGUGUGUGUUUGUUAAAGAUAUUUGUGGCACAAUUAUUAUAGGAGAAAAAUAUAUUUGAAGUAUAUUCCCAUUGACAUGUAUAUAUAUUUUGUAUACCUGGUUGACUAGAAAUAGGAAAUUGAUGAUAUAACACAUAGGCCAAAUCCCUUAGUAUUUUGUGUAUGUUUUGAACAAAAAAUCAAAACGUUACACAAUAAAGAAUUUUUUUCACGGGGGGGGUAGGGGUAGGGGAGGGUGGCAGGGGUGGUGUGGUAUAUAGUGUGGUGUGUGUGUGUAACAGUGUAUAGAUGUCGGGGGGGUAUAGUAGUAUGUAUUAUCUAUGAAAAUAUUCCUGCGAUUGAUAUAUAUUUGCUCUCUUCUUAUCUUUAUACACUGUUUAAAUAUAUAUGUAUAAGAUAACGGAGAAAAUUUUCCUGGGGUUGAUCCCUAUGGCAGACAGUCUAUAUUAGUAUAUUCUAAGGCUAGUCAUAAUUAAUAGACAUGUGCAAUUCGUUUCGAGCCGAAUAUGAAUUCAGACAAAUUUCGGGCAAUUCGGACAUUCGGGUACUUCCGAAUAGCCGAAGUGCCGAAUUACCAAGGUCCCGAAGUUCCGAAAUUACCGAAUUUCCGAAUUGUCGAAGUGCCGAAGUAUCCUAAGUACAGUAUUGCCUAAGUACUAAUAUAUUUACCCAAUGGAAGCGGAAGAAUGUUACACUGUAUACAAUUUUAAAUAAAAAGUAUACAAACAUAGCCAGGAUUCAGUUGUAAGUAUUUGCAACACUUACAACAAUCAAGUAACACACAUUCAUAUAAAAUGUAAGUUACUUAGCCAGUCAGUGUAAUGACAGGAAUGAAGAAGAUAAGUAGAUAGCGCCCUAAUACCGUGGGAAUUAGGGAGUUAUCUACUAAAAGGCUGAAAGACCUAAAUUGGUCUUUCAGACAAAUUUACUAAUACUAAGUAAAGAUUACUUAGUAUUAGUAAAUUAUGUCCCUACUCGCUAUACCAUGAGUAGGGCAUGUCUAUUAAACAGUGAGCAACUGUCCUCCUCCCCCUCCUAACCUAUUGCCCCCCCCCCCGGCCCCCACCCCUGAGCGGCGGGUGGGGGCCUUAAAGUAAAGUAAUGGGGGGGAGCUAUUGUACUCCCCCCAGACCCCACCCCUGAGCGGCGGGUGGGGGCCCUAAAUUAGAAUGGGGGGAUCUAAUGUCCUCCCCCCUGGCCCUCACCCCUGAGCGGUGGGUGGGGGCCCUAAAUACUAAUUAGGGGAGGGACCUAAUGUCCUCCCCCGGCCCCCACCCCUGAGCGGUGGGUGGGGCCCUAAAUACUAAUUGGGGGGGACCUAAUUUCCUCUCCCAUGAGCGGUGGGUGGGGGCCCUAAAUUAGAAUGAGGGGUGAGGACCUAACGUCGUCCUCCCUCCUGGCCCCCACCCCUGAGCGGUGGGUGGGGGCCCUAAAAUACUAAUUAGGGGGGACCUAAUGUCCUCCCCCCUGGCCCCCACCCCUGAGCAGCGGGUGGGGGCCAUAAAUGAAAAAAAAAAUACCCCCUAGUCACCCCCCUCCCCAAAAAAACUAACCCCUACCUACCACCUCACCCUAAAAAUAAUGAAGGGGUACCUGAAAUAAAAUAAAACUUACCAUUUGAUGUUUUCUUUCUUCUAAAAUCUUCUUUUUUCAGCCCCAAAAAAGGCCAAAUAAAAAGCCAUAAUAACCGACGCACUAAAAACAAAACAAAAAAAAAAAACAAACAAACACAGGAGCGCAAUUUUUUUUUUUUAAAUCCAUCUUCACCAGGCGAAGGCUCCGCGCAGACUGAGCUCUGCAGGGUGGGUGAAGGCUUAUAAAGCCUUGCCCCGCCCUGCAAUUAGGCUCAGAGCACUAUGAUUGGUGGGUUUAAGCCAUCCAAUCAGAGUGCUCUGACAGGUAAAUGAAGAGACUGACAGUUAAGUCUGUACAUUUACCUGUCACAGCACUCUGAUUGGUUGGUUUGAAAUCCACCAGAGAGUUAUGAGUCAAUAACACAGCAUGAGAAAAUUCCAAAGAACUUUCCCACGCUGUGUAAAAUGACACAGAGCACUCUGAUUGGUGGAUUUCAAACCAACCAAUCAGAGUGCUGUGACAGGUAAAUGUAGAGACUUACCUGUCAGUCUCUUCAUUUACCUGUCAGAGCACUCUGAUUGGAUGGCUUUAACCCACCAAUCAUAGUGCUCUGAGCCUAAUUGCAGGGCGGGGCAAGGCUUUAUAAGCCUUCCCCCGCCCGGCAGAGCUCAGUGUGCGCGGAGCCCUCGCCGGUUGAAGAUUGAUUUUUUUUGCGCUCGUCUUUUUUUUUUUUUUUUUUAAGUGCGUCAGUUAUUAUGACUUUUUAUUUGGCCUUUUUUGGGGCUUAAAAAAUAAGAUUUUAGAAGAAAGAAAACAUCAAAUGGUAAGUUUUAUUUUUCUUUUUUAAGGUACUUAGUUAAAUGGUCCCCCCUCAUUAUUUUUAGGAUGAGGGGGGUAGGUAGGGGUUAAUGUUUUGGGGGAGGGGGUUGACUAGGGGUUUGGGGACCCCUAAUCACCCGGGGGAGGGUUAAUUUUUUUAUUUUGGGCCCCCACCCGCCGCUUAUGGGUGGGGGCUAGGGGGAGGACGUUAGGUCCCCCCCAAUUAGUAUUUAGGUCCCCCACCCACCGCUGGGGGUAGGGGACAGGGGGGAGGACAUUAGGUCCUCUACCUUCAUUCUAAUUUAGGGUCCACACCCACCGCUCAGGGGUGGGGGCCAGGGGGAGGACAUUAGGUCCCCCCCUCAUUCUAAUUUAGGGCCCCCACCCACCACUCAGGGGUGGGGGCCAGGGGAGAGGACAUUAGGUCCCCCCCCGAUUAGUUUUUAAGGCACCCACCCACCGCUCAGGGGUGAGGGUCAGGGGGAGGACAUUAGGGCCUCCACCCACCGCUCAGGGGUGGGGGCCGGGGGGGAGGACAAUAGGUCCCCCCCAUUAUUUUACUUUAGGGCCCCCACCUGCCGCUCAGAGGUGGGGACCAGGGGGGCAAUAGGCCCCCCUUUAGUUUAAAAGCCCCCACUUGCACGUCGCGAGUGGGGGCUCGGAAGGAGGUCCUAUUUUUUAUUUUAUUUUUUAUUUUUUAACAGAGCAGCCACUGGCUGCUCACUGUUUAAUAGACAUGCCCCUACUUGCAGUAUAGCGAGUAGGGGCACAAUUUACUAAUACUAAGUAAUUUUUACUUAGUAUUAGUAAAUUUGGCUGAAAGACCAAUUUAUAUCUUUCAGCCUUUUGGUAGAUAACUCCCUAAUUAGGUGGGAAUUAGGGAGUUAUCUACCAAGCGGCUGCAAGAGAAGUUCUGAUAUUCCGAAGUCCAGAAGUUCCAAAAUUACUGAAGUUCCGAAGUGUUGAAGUUCUGAAGUGCCGAAGUUGCCGAAGUGCCGAAUUUCGGAAUGCCGAACCGAAAAAUAUUCCCAUGCACAUGCCUAAUAAGUAAUAGACAAAGCACUCAAUAUAUAGGGAAUAUGAGUAUAUUAAGAGAGUGGUGCUCCCAUUCCCUUCCUCCAUGGUUUCCUUUUUGUUUAAUUUUUAUUGGUUAAUUAGUAGUGAUAGAUUCAGCAGUGGUUGUAGUUGUGUGUUUACAGUUUGGUAGCAGUAUGUGUGUGUGUAACAGUGUGGGCAGCAAUGGGGGUAGUCAUGUGUGUGUACCGGUCAUUUCUGAAACGGCCAUUUUAGUCCCAGUCCUUUCCCCUCUCCUUAAAGAGAGAUCACUGUGCUUAGUUUGUGGGGGUGGAAUACAGCAAUCCUAGAUUCUAGGAACGGCAGAAGCCAGGCAGGAGAAAAGAACAAGACUUAACAUGCAGAGUGGAAACGUCCAAAUUGGGCCCAAUUAGCCAUUUUCCAUCCCCGGUGUCAUGUGACUCGUUAGUGUUUCAAGGACUCAGGUGUGAAUAAAAUUUAAAUUUGGUGUUAUCGCUCUCACACUCUCUCAUACUGGUCACUGGAAGUUCAACAUGGCACCUCAUGGCAAAGAACUCUCGGAGGAUCUGAAAGAAAGAAUUGUAGCUCUACAUAAAGAUGGCCUAGGCUCUAAGAAGAUUGCCAAGACCCUGAAACUGAGCUGCAGCACGGUGGGCAAAACCAUACAGCAGUUUCACAGGACAGGUUCCACUCAGUACAGGCCUCGCCAUGGUCGACCAAAGAAGUUGAGUGCACGUGCUCAGCGUCAUAUCCAGAAGUUGUCUUUGGAAAAUGGACAUAUGAGUGCUGCCAGCAUUGCUGCAGAGGUUGAAGGGGGGUCAGCCUGUCAGUGCUCAAACCAUACGCUGCACACUGCAUCAAAUUGGUCUGCAUGGCUAUCGUCCCAGAAGGAAGCCUCUUCUAAAGAUGAUGCACAAGAAAGCCCACAAACAGUUUGCUGAAGACAAGCCGACUAAGGACAUGGAUUACUGGAACCAUGUCCUGUGGUCUGAUGAGACCAAGAUAAACUUAUUUGGUUCAGAUGGUGACAAGCGUGUGUGGCUGCAACCAAGUGAGGAGUACAAAGACAAGUGUGUCUUGCCUAUAGUCAAGCAUGGUGGUAGGAGUGUGAUGGUCUGGGCCUGCAUGAGUGCUGCCGGCACUGGGGAGCUACAGUUCAUUGAGGGAACCACGAAUGCCAACAUGUACUGUGACCUACUGAAGCAGGGCAUGAUCCCCUCCCUUCGCAGACUGGGCCACAGGGAAGUAUUCCAACAUGAUAACGACCUCAAACACACCUCCAAGACGGCCACUGCCUUGCUACAAAUGCUGAAGGUAAAGGUGAUGGACUGGCCAAGCAUGUCUCCAGACCUAAACCGUAUUGAGCAUCUGUGGGGCAUACUCAAAUGGAAGGUGGGGGAGAGCAAGGUCUCUAACAUCCACCAGCUCUGUGAUGUCGACAUGGAGGAGUGGAAGAGGACUCCAGUGGCAACCUGUGAAGCUCUGGUGAACUCCAUGCCCAUGAGGGCUAAGGCAGUGCUGGAAAAUAAUGGUGGCCACAAAAAAUAUUGACACUUUGGGCCCAAUUUAGACAUUUCCACUUAGGGGUGUACUCACUUUUGUUGCCAACGGUUUAUAUAUUAAUGGCUGUGUGUUGAGUUAUUUUGAGGGGACAGCAACUUUACACUGUUGUACAGGCUGUACACUUACUACUUUACAUUGUAGCGGAGUGUCAUUUCCUCAGUGAAAAGAUAUAAUAAAAUAUUUACAAAAAUGUGAGGGGUGUACUCACUUUUGUGAGAUACUCUAUAUGGACAAAUUAUAUUGUUAAAGACAGAGCAAUACACAGACAGAGCACCACAAUCACUAUGACAGCAAGUAGGGUUUAUGGUGCUUAAACUGCCCUAUUACGACUACAGAAAAUAGACUUUUGCGCUAUAAUAAUAAUAAUUCUCUAUCUAUUAUUCUAUUGCUACAGAUAACCAUGGUAACUAAAUUGCAAAUGUUCGUAGUACAGCCCAUGGAAGAUUGCCAUUAUAAUCACCAGAGACAAAAUAUCACUGGUUACACAGGUCCCAUCCAUCACACGUGUUAUAUUGUAUUAUGGGGCACUGUAAUGCAUAUUUCGUAAACAUUUUAAAUCUCAAGUACUUUCCUAUGAAUCACAAGUGAUAGAAUGUCAUUCAGCAUGCCGUGGCUUCUCUGAGUUACAGUGCUAUAUAUUGAAAUCACAUUGUAUAUAAAUUAUACUAGUAAAAUAGAGCAUAUACUCUGCAUCAUAUCUGCACAACUCAGUGUUAGUCCGUUGUAACCCAAUUAAGGCAGAUUGUAAUUAAUGUGGUAAAAUACCUGAAUCCUGUCAAUUUCCUGCUUCUGAGACUCAUAUGCUCUCAGCGCCUCCCUUUCUGCUCUGGGUCCUACGAAAACAAUUCCAGAAAUUAGAACUUUGGAUCAUAUGAUGCUGCUGGUCUAUCAAGCUUGACGGUCUAUGUAUGUAUAUCCAUCUGCAACUGUAACUGGGGAAUGCCAGAGACAGCGGAAAUAAAAGAGAGGUGGUUCUUGGUAUCUUAAUAGGUUUGCUGUAUUAUCGGUGGGGUAAUUUAUUCAAAUUACCAACAUAACAUUGUAAGAUAUAUAAUUAUAUACCUCCCAAGUGUCCCUAUUUAGGAGGGACAGUCUUGAAUUAUGGGUUCAAAUCCAUCUGUCCCUGUUUUUAUCCUAAUGUCCCUCUUUUGUAGGCACUCCAUAUUGUUUGUGUGUCUGAGUGCAUAACAGAGCUCCACAGCAAUAACACUCACAGUAAUGUGUCUUUAAACUACAAUAAAUGUGUUUUGAAAUCAGUGUGUAAAUAUGAUACAUUGUUCCUGUUCUAAAAAAUGUUUUAGUUGCUUAGUGUGUUAUAGUACGUCACCUACAAAUUUCUCAGAACAGCCCCCACCCAGCCCCUUUUUGUUCAUUUGAAAUGUUGGCAGGUAUUGGGAUGGUGUAUACCAGGGGUCUAGUUCAGGGAAUCCUUGGUGACAAGGUCAAGGAGGACUUAAUAUUAGACUUCAGACUAUUGAUUUUUAAGUCUCAAAUGACAUAAUUUUAAAAUGACAUAAAGGGACAUUCUACACUAUGUCAGGAGUAGGCAACCUUCUGCACUCUAGAUGUUGUGGACUUCAUCCCCCAUAAUGCUCUUACACCGAUAAUGCUGCCAAAGCAUCAUGGGAGGUAUAGUCCAAAACAUCUGGAGUGCCGAAGGCUGCCUAUGCCUGCUCUAGGUAUUAUAACUAUCACUACUAAAUCUCUAUUGGUAGAGAUUCUCGGUCCCCAGAAAAAUGCAGACCAGCCUCCAGCAAUAAUUUGGCAGAUGUGAAACUAUGCGUUUCUUUAUAAAACAUAAGAAACUCAUCCAAAAGUGCUCACAGAGAUAGAAAUAAGGCGCACGGAGGACAUGCUGGCCCUGAAUUACAAUGUGUCUGGGGCACCUUGCUCAUAUCUAGACCAUGUGCAAUACUAAAUGGGCAGCAGAGGGCGCUAUUUACUAUAGGUGCCAAAGGAAAUUGGAGAGGAAAUGGAGUUGCAGUACUUUAAGUACAAAGUACAAAUGUUGCAAACAAAUAGCACCCAGCACUUUAUUUAUACAUGGGUAUGGCUGUCACACAGCAAUUUUGGUUCCCCAUAAAACAAAGAAUGCACGUUUUGCUGAGGAUCGCACACAGAGUAAUCACUUUGAAAGCAUAGAACAAGCAUAGAAUGCAUCAAAAUCCUUCCCCCUCCCCCCCCCAAAAAAAAGAGGAAAAAAAAACUCACUUCUGGUAGCAGCCGGUAUACUUUUUGGGUUGUAUUUGACAGAUGCUGGUGUUGUCUCUCCUGCUUUGGUGAUGAAUUUAUUAAGUUCCAAAAGUGAUUUUUUGUGAGAAGACGAGAGGGAUCUUAUUCUGGAAGCAGCGGUUGUCUUCUCGUGAACCUUACGCCCCUUGUUUAAGAGUUUACUCUGAACACACAAUUUCAUAUAAAAAGUUGUGUUAAGACAAGAAAAUCAUAUACACACACAUACAUUUAUAGAACGCCUUAUUCAUUAUUAAUAGCACAUUGAGAUAUAGAGGGUUGAAUUAGUCUUUGUAGGUUGGUUGGCUCCAUUAGAGGGACAAGAAUUAGGGCUUAUCCGCAUUAUUUACUAGUGUGUGAGAAAACCAUCGUAAGGGGGAAUUAACUUAUUCAUGUAUGUCUCAAAAAAGAUCCAUGGUAUUUACCAUUUUAACUUGCAGUUUGCAAAAAUAUCGUAACAAAUCUAGCAUCACUGAUUUUCCAGUGUAAAGCCCAUAAACUGGCUUCUAUAUAAACUAAGAAUGCAUGCGAAAGCACGCCACAAUAGCGUUCACCGUAAAAUAGGGUGGAAAAAAAAAACAACUUUACUGGCACUCAUAGAAGGCAUGUGUGAAAUAACACUGGGAGCUACAAACAAAAACAAAAAAAAUCUUUCACGCUUCUGCAUUCUCAGUCCAUAAUUAUAGGGCUGUAGUGGUUAUGGUGUUUGGAGUAACCCUUUAAAGUAAUACUAAAAUUCCUGUGACGUUAUGCUUCCUCUUUAAGCCCAGUGACUUUAACUAACAUAUUUUAAGGUUAAUAUUCAAAUUUUUUUUUUUUACUGCAGGAUUCUUCAUUGCCUAAUUACUUAAAGGACCACAAUAGGCACCAAGACUACUUCAGCUCAAUGAAGUGGUCUUGGUGCCAGGUCCCUCUAGUUUUAACCCUGCAGCUGAAACUGCUAUGUUUCACUGAGGGUUAAUCCAGCCUCCAGUGGCUGUCUCACUGACAGCCGCUAGAGUCGCUUCCUCGCUUCUCACUGUGAAAAUCACAGUGAGAAGAAGCUGGACGUCCACAGGAAAGCAUUGAGUAAUGCUUUCCUAUAGGCAGUUUGAAUGCGCGCGCGGCUCUUGCCGCGCAUGCGCAUUCGGAGCGGACGUCGGCAGAGGGAGGAGAGUUCCCCAGCACAGAGUGAGCCUGGCGCUGGAGAAAGGUAAGUGGCUGAAGGGGGGACCUAUUGACCCAAAGUGCCAGGAAAACGAGUUUGUUUUCCUGGCACUAUAGUGCUCCUUUAAUUUUAUACACCUUCUUCUGAAUUUUACAGUCUACAGGGCAACCCUUUUAACGUGUUGUCCAUCAAUAUGUUUAUGUAUUCCUGAAAACAUACUUUAUAGUGCAAAUUGCUGUUAGAGCAGUGGGGGCAUUGCUUUUGUAGAACCGGGAAACCCAGGUUCAGAUCCUGGUCAGUCCCUUUACUGAUAAGUGUCCUUACUGGCAAGACUCCUAAUGAUAUAUCUCCACCUAACUCAGAUCCUCGUAGGCUGUACGCUUGUUUGAGCAGGGCCUUCUUCACCUCUUCUUUAAUGGUAAAGUUAUGUGAAAUAUGAUUGCACAAUAUAAAAUUUGAUAACAAUAAUGUUAAAACAAACCUCUUGUUUCUCUGUUAGGUGUUUGCUCCAGUAGGUAAAUAAAUCCUCAAAAUCUGGACAAGCAAAGGGAUUUGGGGAAAAAAUGGAACUCCUAUCUGCAGACAUCUGUGGAAUUUGAAGCAGAAUUAAAGAAAUAAAACCACACUUUAAAAAAUGUACAUUGGGGUUUCUUCAAGCUGGGAUCUGGAAGACCCUCAUACCAGUCCUACCCUCACACAUCAGAGCAGCAUCUUCACAUUGCUUCUCGUUUACAAGUUGGGCAUAUUAUUUAAAGGGACAUGCAUCACUUGAAAAUAUUUUUUGUUGGUCAGGCCACUCAGUGAGGAUAAUUUCUUCAGCCUACCCACCCAUCUCAGUGUCAGACCUGUCCACUAAUGACUGAAACUGGGUAUAAUUGAGAAGCAACAGGAGAGAGAAACCCGCCACUAGGGCUUGUCCUGCAGAUCUUUCAACAGCACAUGUGACUGUCAGGCAUACCCACAAAUCUUCCCAGCAUUCCUAGGGAUAGCACACUGAUUUUUGAGAUCAAUGUAAUGUAUCCCAUGGAGUGGGUGUGAAAAACAUAAAUAAGAAUGUGGUAAAUAUGAGAAAAAAGUAUUUAACUGCUUUUGUGAGCCAGCUGUCGCAUUCAAAGCUAAAGAUUAUGGAUGGGACAGUCGUCUCAAAGUGAUGCAUAUUCCUUUAAUAAUUCAGAUUGACAUUCCCGUAAUUGCUCAAGAAGGCUAAAGGUACAGUACCCCCAAGUUUUUGUAAAACCACAAGGUGAGAAUUAUAUUGUAUUUCAUCUCAAAGACAAGCACCUUAUUAAUACUCUGCAAAUUCACAGGCCCACUGUAAUGUGUUACCCCCUGUAACCGGGCUCUAUUAUUUUAUUAUUAUUAUUUUUAUGCCUUAAAUGGAAUAUGUCGUUGUCACUUCAGAAAAAUUUACAGUUUAGUGAAUACCAGCAGUCCUGCAUGAGUUUAAAGCCAGAGUCUACAUUACAAAACUUACUUUCCCUUUUGUGAUUGGCUGAGAUUUGAGUUUCCAGCCAAUCAUUUCCCAGCUAAUUUAUAAUAUAUUGCUGAUGAGAAUGUUCACUAAAAAACAAAUUAUAGGGAAGAGAACACUACAGUGUUAAAAACACAAAAAACUAAAUUAGGUCCCCAGCCCACCUUGCCUCUGUUAAAUAAGUAAAAAAAACUUGCCUUUAUUUCCACACUCUGUCCCAUCAGAAUUGACGAUCUCAGCCAAUCCAAUGCUUUCCCAUUUGAAAGCAUUGGGAGGCUGUUUAGCAUGCGCAGGAAAAUGAUGCCCUGUGUCAACCAGCAUCUCCUCAUAAGAUGUAGUGAGGAGGACUAUUCAGUGUCACCAUGCAGAGUGUGGAGCUCUGAACGCUAGUGCAACACAUUCUGCAGCACUGACACAGGAAGCCCCUCUUGGGGCCGUCUGAUUGACUGCCCCUAGAGGUGUCCCUAAUGAGCAAUGUAAACACUAUAUUUUCUCUAAAAAGGCUGUGUUUGCAUUAAAAUGCCUGCAGGGGCAUACUAUACUCACCAGAACAUCUACAUUAAGCUGUAGUUUUUCUGGUGACCAUAGAGUCCCUUUAAGGCUAAAAUCCCUGUGACUGUAAGGCUUUGUCUGUAGCGAAGUGGAGACAUUUUCGAAAUCAGCACUUUUUGCCUUAUGCUUUGCAAUUCAUUUUACUGUAACUUACUACUUAGUGAAUAAACCCUUGUAAUAUUUGACCAAUCCAAAAUUUACCAAAAUGUAUCCAUAAUAUAAAAUAUGGUACAGUUAUUUCUCAGUAAAGAAAUAGUGUAUGGCUAAAAAAAAAAUAAUAAGAAAUAAACUGUAGAUACAUGUAAAGCAAUCGGAAAAAAUAAAUGUAUUAAAAAAAUGUGCUUUUUGCCUGAAUUUCCAAAGCACUUGUCACACACAGAUUAAAUAAUCUGUGUGCGAAAUACAAAUCCCAUUAUUGUCAGCAAGCCUUGAAUCCAGAGUAUGGACGUUGUACUAUAACAACCAGAGUCCCAUGAAUUGUUCACCUACACAUUAGAGAUUAAACCGCUUUAACGCACUUGUUUAUUGUAUCACUUGAAAUCCAGAUUGGAAGGAAAUCCUCAAUUUAGGUGCAGAUACUAGCUUUAUGCUCCUUUGAUGUUUCUGUUAUCUCUAUGAGAGAGGUAGAUUUAAAUCUGGUCUCAUUCCACUCAGCAACUGCCAGGAACAAUAGGUCGUUAAUUCAAUACAACUGCCCCAAGGAAAGCCCCUGAAAACCGGUUUAAACCUGGUAUUCAUAGUAAUCAUCCCAGUCACACUGGGCUUUUCACUAAACUUCAUUUCAACUGGUGCAACACCAAUCAAAUGCCUUUUACUCUAUGCCUGAACGGAUCAAUCCAUCCAAGAUUUACCUGUGCAGUCUUGUGCAAUGAGAAUUGUUGGGAAUUCAGAGUAAAUUGCAAAUUUAAUGCCAAACCAGCCAUUUGAGAAAAAAAUUUUGGUUGUUACUUUGGCCUUAAAAUUUUAAUUUACUUUGCAUUUAUGACAAUUUAUGAGACGUUUUGAGAAUAAUUCUGUAUUGGGUAAAUUGUCAAAGUGAACUGCAAAUUUUUAGGGCAAAAUAGUUGCAGUAGAAAAAAAUUCAGCAACGUUUUUAGUUCUGCCAUUUGGCCUAAGAUUUGAAACUCACUCAUUUUAGUAAAUGACUCUGCUAGUAUGUGCAUUUUGUGAACAUGUGUUCCCUAUGACCCUGAAUCACCGUCUCAUUAUUAUUUGCGCUCUUCCAAGGCCGAGUUAAAAUGCAAUAGCUAAUCUAACUCAGUCUCUAACAAUUCACAGACCGGGUGUCUUAAAAUGUUAUGUUUUAAGACUCACAAACUGUGCAGGUAAUGUGAUACGUAAAGGUAAGGAUGGGGAAAUCUAGUGGACAAUUGUGAAACCAGGCCACCCUACCCUUGGAACACAGGGGAGGUUACAAACUGCGGUCUGGCUGUUACUAAAUAGCUCUUUUUCUGCUCGAACAGAUUCCCCUCCUGAGUACGAGGCAAAAAAAAAGCCUUGGUGCGAAUCUCUCGCUAGUUACUAAAAUGUCCUGCAAGUUUAAGCUGCUGUUGGAAAAUGCCGAGCAAAUGGUUGUUGUAUGUCGAAAAGAAGAGGAAUUUCUGCUUCAGGAGGGAAUGCAGCAAUUGGCCGUAUUGGAAAACGCCAGUCUGGUGGUCGGAAAGUAAGUUUCCUAUCUUCGUAAUACUUGCUCUGUUUAGGUUAUCUAAUAGCAAUACUGCGUUAACAGCGUUUAACCUGUUCACUGCCAAAAUCUGUCUGGGUUAUUGCGCUAGCUAGGAAUUUUCCUAAGCCUUGUCCUGAAGAGGUUAAAACCAAAACUAGCACUGGAACAGGGGUAACAUAGGGUUUUAUCUGUAUUUUGUUAUUAAUAUCACAAUUUAGUACUAAUGUAAAAAUGGGUAUUUCGUGUAUGAAAAUCUGAACCUUAGAAUACACUGCAAAGGACAGAUUUGUAUGGGUGAGGUGGGGAGUGUUUAUGUUAAAACAAGCUUGCAGUUUAAAAGAAACAGGGUAAUAUGUAACGGGGCAAUAUGUAUGGAUUUAAACUCCAAACUCUAAUCCCAGAAUAACUUAUUCUAGUAGUAACGGUGCAAAAUGACCGUGGGUGCAAGAAUUGUCAGAUCACUGUUUUAAUUAUUUACAAAGCUAAGGACAGAUUGUACUGAGCUUUAACUCCUUUGUUUCCAGUCCAUUUAUCGAGUCUAAACUUCUAUUUAUUGCUGUAAAAAAGCAGCAUAUUUAUUACUUUUAUUAUAUUAGCAGGAAUACAUGGAGAUAAGACAGACCUAAUAUUUAAUAGUUGCCUUAUGCCCACAGAGCUUUCCAUAAUUAAGAGGUAGGUGGCCUUUAGCUCAUCAUACUUUCUUUAUAAAUCUUUAAUAAUUAAGCAAAUAUCAUCUUCCUGCACAGAGGGACUGAGUGUUUACCCUGUCUGUUUCUAUAUGUUAACGUUAUUGAUAAUGUCCUUUUAGAACUGGAGGGCAUUGUAUAGGAACUAAAGAAAAACACAGAACUCUGGGAUCACUGUGAGGACAAUCUUCCAUUAACAAAUAUCUUAUCUCAGCUCGUAGCAGCUUGCAAACAUUUCCACAUCACACAUAUUCAAUAUAGUUUGACAGCCUGGAACACUCAGUACCCCAGUGGGCCAGCACAAAGAGCAUGGAUUGUGAGUCACCUUCCAAUGCCAAGCAUAAAUCCAUACAGUUCUGGGCUAGCAAAAUUCUGCACACUUGAGUUUGGUGUAUAGAACAUGCCCCUGCAGUCUCACUGCUCUAUUCACUGCCAUUUAGGAGUUAAAUCCCUUUGUUUAUGAACCCUAGUCACACCUCCCUGCAUGUGACUUGCACAGCGUUCCAUAAACACUUCCUGUAAAGAGUCAUCUAAUGGGAGUAGACUGCCCCCUAGUGGACACACAACAAAUUAAGGGGCUGUCUCCAUGGAGGAGAGUACAACUGAGUAGAUACUUUGUGUGGCAGGAGGGAGAUGCCUCUUCAUACCUUUUUUGAGGGCCCUGCCAGUCUCUCUCUGCUUUCUCAUCUGCGGGUCUUCCCACCCUAGGUUUUCAGCAGAGGACUUCCUUGUGGGGGCAGCACUGAGUUUUGCCUCUCAUUAGUAGGAGUGGUUAUUUGCUGUUGCGAGGCUUGCUUAAUCGAACUAGCCGCUCUGUCCGGUUUAGUUUUCGAUUCUCCUGUGGUAGCUGUCAGUUUCUUCGGCAUGGCAUCGCCACUGCUCUGUUGAGUGAGAGUUUUGUUCGAUUUCCCUCUUUUGCGAGAGGGUGCGGCUCCACUGUGAUGCAGACAUUGAGGACCGGAGUGCCGGCAAGUUUCGGUUGGGCUGUUUCCCCCUCAUGUUAUUGGAAGGUGUGGGGGGCCCUUCCAGAGCAUCUAUGUGAGGUGCUGGGACAAAGAUCUCCACAGCAGUCCAUUAUGCCUCUGCUUGGGCAGAAGCACUGAUCAAGAGUUAACAACUUCUAAAGUAAGGUGCUCUUGGAUCUGAUUGAAAAUGUUUUUUUUCAUGCAAGGCGUGUGUGACAGAGCAGGUGUUUAUUGAGUCAAAUAAACAGAAACCAAAGUCAUUUAACUGAGAGAAACCCUGCAGGGGCAUGAUCUAUACACCAAAACCACUUCAUUAAGUUAGUUGUUUUGGUGUUUAGAGUAUCUUUCAUUUGUGUCAACAGUGUUAUUUUGUCUUGAAUCGGCUUUAUAUAAUUUUUUGUAAAUUUAAAGCGUUACCCCAAACACCGUGACCACUUUAGUGAUUUGAAGUGGUCAUGGAAGUACGAGUAAGUAUGUGCAGUGUUUUUGCAUGGAACACUGCACAUACUGAGACAUUUUUAAUUGUGUGAUGGGGCUAGUUGCACGGUGCACCCCAGCACACAUGACAUUGACAGCACUGGACAGAAUUUAUAGCUGCCAAUGUCAGUUCUCUGCAUAUGUUGGGUCUGUCAUCCACGCACACUGCACGCUGGUGAUGUAUAAAUUAUCAUUUAUUUAUAUAAUAAAUCUAUCCAUGUUUUGUUUUUUUCAAAAAACCCUCUCAACCCUCGCCAGCCCUUAGUGCGUGCAUAUACUCUUAGCCGGCAAAACGUCCCAAUCACAGACUUCUUUGUGAGAAUCCUGUGAUUGGACUACGCAAGGCCCCUGUGAUGUCAGAGGGGGUGUGGAAAUCAGUGCUCAGAGCUUCGCCAGACACUGGAUACAAGUUAAAUAAAAAUCCUUUAUUUGCAGGUGGCAGGGAGGGACCUCCUGUAGUGCCCAAUGGGGCAUAUUACACACGAAAGGUUCCCUCAAAAGAGAGACCUUUUAAACAUUUACUUACCUCUGUUUCAACGGCAUAAGUCCCCUCACAGCAUUCUGCUCUGCCCCUUUUCACGUCAUGCUGCCAUGACAAUGGUCCAAUCCAAUGCUUCCCAUGGGAAGUCCAUAUAGCAAUAUGCCAGUCAAAUGUCUCUCAUAGAGAAGCAUUAAAUGCAACGUUCCUCUGUAGCAAGCUCUGAGGGUGACACCACGCAUGCACACAGUGUGCACAUUGACAAACCAUAGGCUGCUUGACUCAAAUCGUGCUGAUUGAGGGAUGCAUCUGAACCUCGCCUGCUAUUCACUGCACCGAUAAGGCAAACAAACUGAAAAGGGUUGAGGUAAAGGGAGGAUUGCCAGUUACUCUCAAUGGAGACAUGAAGAGCCUGGGCUACUAGUAGGGAGCAGGCAAGAAGGAGGAAAUAGACUAUUACUGGUACUGGAUAGUGGAAUAACAGGGAACGAGCUACUGGUAUUUGAAGCGUCGAUCAGUUUUCCUUUGCCUUGUGCGUGUUCACAGGGAGAAAGGCCCCAAAUCCAUCGUUGUAUAGUGUGCUGACGUCCGGAUAUGAGUGGGUUUAAGAUCCGGGCAUUAUGAUUCCUGCCUCUCUGAGUAAGAGGUUUUGGGGCAUGGCUAAAAACCCUUGGAACAAGAGAAAUAAUUGUAGAUUAUGCUAACGUAGUGUACCUAUAAUCUUAAUUUUAAUAAUGACAGGAGGCGAAUAUUUUGCAUAACUUUCUUUACUUUAUGCCUCCAGCAGCACAAGUCAAUCAAUAAACUUUAAACCAAUCAGUAAUAGGCAUCACAUCCAUAUAUAAAGCCCUGACAGACACAUGACUUCCUCUUUCUUUGAUGCGAAAAACAGUCUAUUAUAACGUCAGGGAAUUCAAAUAACAAUCCUGAUUAACGUGUAGCACAUAACUUGAAACGAAACUUGAAACCUUCCAGCUUUAUCUUGUCGAAUCCAUCUAUGAUUACUCUGAAAAGAACAGAAAUACGUGAAAGGUGAUGGAAACCAACUGUUGUCCACAUUAAAUCCAGUACUAUAUGUGUCUAUAUUUACAUUAAGUUAAUAUACUGAAACAUUAAACAAACCAUAGUAUACUUAAUAAUCAACACGGAUCUAACACAUAUCAACCAAAUAAGCAUCCCAUAAAUAUACUGAAUUACCAAAACCUUAUAAUUUACACAGAGAAAAUGACAAACCAGAAUAUAAAAAAUUUCCAGAGUAUAGGGAGGGAAACAGGGAGGGAAAAUAUUCGCCUCCUGUCAUUAUUAAAAUUAAGAUUAUAGGUACACUACGUUAGCAUAAUCUACAAUUUUAUCACAUGACAGGAGGCUUCAUAUUUUGCAUUUUUAAAGCUGUGGUAUGAGCGAGAAGGAUGCGUGUGUGGUUGACGAAAAUAAAUAUACGGAAGUAGUCUAUCCGUGUCCAAUUCGUCGCUGAAAAUAUAGAGGCCCCCUCGUGAAGGCCUGAGAAGCAGCCGCGCCUCUUACCGAAUGAGUACCCAAACACGUCUCCACCCUCGCUAGCGAUAACAACCAAUGAACCCAUCUAGACAGAGUGUUCAUGGUAACUGGCUUGUACGGUUGGUAUAAGACCAGCAGAUGUCCUGAAUGUGACAUUCUAAGUGUUGUCGUGAUCUCCAUGUAACAAAGUACCGCUUUAACUGCACAAAGACUGGGAAACCGUCGGUAACAGGGAACGAUACGGACGCGGAUAAGAUAUAGUUCUACGAGACACUGUAGAAAUCAUUCUUUCCGGUGAUACCGAAAAGACCGUCUACGUCGAACUCCAGUACAUCUGAUACCCGACGAAAAGACCUAAAAGUAACGUGACUCUGGCUAACGGCUGACUGAGGGAUAGGACCGUGAUAUCUGACUAGUUCCAAAAGAACCAAAUCAAAGUCCCACACCAGUGAUACUUUGACGCAUGGUUCUGGACGGUUUGAUACCCCACAGAAAAUGGCAUAUCAAAGGCUCUUGAUUGACCGGAGUGUCGUGAAUCGUGCUAUGCGUCGUCGAAAUCGCGGAACGUAGCCCGUUAAUGGAACGUUCCGAUCGGCCUGUAGUGAAAAGGUAUGAUAAAGAUCCAGCAUCGUGGAGAUAGGGGUAAUAAAGGGAUCGCAGUCCCUUCCCAUACACCAGCGAACUCCAGGUGUUCCAUGCGGAUAAGUUAUUUCGGGGGAAUACCUGGCGUCCAUGAGUCCCAUAGUAGGUCUCUAGUUGGUUGCGAUAGUCCCUUGACAUACCAGUCUCCCCUGGAAGACACCAAUCUACCAACUCCAGAUGCUCCUGCAUUCUCAAUGGAUGAUGUUCUCCUUUUGGAUCCGCCCGAAGGCAAGUUAAAACGGAAGGAGCAGAGGAUGAUCCUGAUUAAGGACAACCCUUUUGGGUGUCACGCUUGCCUCCUUUACCGCAGCGAUGAGUACUAUGGAAGUCUUCGCUAUUCUGAUCCCAAUUUCAUAGGUGUGUCCGUAUCUCAGGCAGUGAGCUUUCAGCCACUGUCUGGCCCAGUAGUGAAGCAGUCCUGGGAAAUAGUCAAAGGGUUAUGGUGCCUUUCCGCCGUACCCGUCGAAUUUCCUUACGAAUCGCUAUCAAUGAUGUGGGAAGGUGUAAUCCGCCCAAGGUGGAAUCUAUUCUGAAAUAGAGGAACUGAAUCACUCGGAACUGGGAUCGAACCGACUCCUCUCUGUUCACUAUGAAUCCCAACAAUUCCCGAAACUGUAAACAUAAAUCUCGUUUGUAAACGUAGUCAUGAAUUGGAUUUGCAAAAGGUAAGUCGUCUAUGUAUAUGACAGCAGAUACCCUUUGCUUUUCAGUGUGCAGUGACCGACUUCAGAAACUUCAUGAGGCACCAUGUGAACCUAUAGGUAAGUGCCCUUCAAGUCCAACCUUGUAGAUCCCCUAAGAGAUGGAUACCUUCCUUCUUGAGUUGUCGGUACGCCCCAAAACCAUUGGGUUGGCAUAGGUUGAUGACUGGGUGAUAGUCUCCUAUCUUCUUCCUUACUACCAAACCGUUGCUGAGAUAAAUGGUUCUCCAAACGAUAGUCCGUCUGCCUGAGGUCCUCGCUCUUUCGUCCCUAACUUCAAUAGUUUGAAAUCCAUCUUUAAUCGGGCUGCUUUGCGGCGUUCUGUGCACCUGUCUGCCUUGCGUUCCCCAACUUACAUAUUGCCCUUUGCACCCAUUCCCUCACAUCGUGAGCUUCCAGAGGUGAGUCUUGUGUGGGGUCAGGUCCGCAAAGUAUAGAAUUUUUUUCCCGGGCUGAUCAUAUCCAGUAUUUCAUCUUAACUCAUUUUGAGUCCUCCUCCUACACCUUUACAUGGACCCCGGCCUGAUCGGGACAUACAUAUCACCCCGAGCUCCAUAGUGAGGACUAUCUUGUUCGGACAUAGAGGGCGUGGGCAUUCCAUCCUGAGCCUGUCUCUGAUUUCUUUUCCCAUAGGCCUCCUAAGCCAGAAGUGGGCCCGGUGCUCCGGUUAACCCCAUGUGGAUGACCCUGGUUGUCGGAUGGUGCGUGAGUCAAAACAGGAGUGUCCAGUGUGCCAAAGAAAAAACCUUUCUUGCUAGGCGGGUCUUGUCACUUUUACCUCUUCUGCCCUCCAUUCUUUCAUGAUCUCCAGAGAAGGGGGGGAGGAUGAAGUCCUCGUCCCCUGAUGAUGGGUGUCCGACCUAACGUCGGUAUCUCAAUCUUCCAUUGGUGUUGCUGCCGUUGCACCCGCUCUGUCGGAUGGGUUGUUAGCCAGCAUACUGGAGAGGACUUCUUCCCCCGGAGCUGUCAUGGCGGCCUUAAUCCUCGCCUGAAAAUCGGUCGGGGAUAUUGAGGUAAGUCCGACAUGUUGGUUCACACCCUUUCGGUCCGUGGGAGACAGGAUCGUACAACAGUACACUUAUUGCCACUCAGUGGGCCUCCGCGUAUAACUGGGGGUCACCCAGAAUUUUGAUCAAUCAGUAUCAUUUUCGCAGGAUCCGGGGAGUGGUCUGAGAAUGAGGACACCCUCAGUAAGACCGGGAUGAGCGGUCUGCAAUGUCGGGACGUAGCCUGAGUCUGGGAGACGUGAAAGCCUCAAUAUAUAUAGUCCACGGGGUUCAUCCUUAUAUGGUCUAGAAUUGUGGAGUUUUGGCAGCACUGUGAGUUCUUCUUCUCGGUUAAGGGAAGGGCGUACGGAACCCCAGUUGAAGCAUAGAGGUGCCAGAAUACAUGCAUCUAGUGCGCCCUGGUCUGUGCAUACAAUGACAGAGCGUACUCUGAAGGUAGAAGGGGUCACCCCUUUGUACCUAUGCCACUAGCACCGGAGUAAGACUCGCUUGGGGUUCACCCAGCAUAGGGGGUCACCCCUGUAUGAAUGUCUCUUAUGGCAUGUUGGGACACUCUUUCGGUCUAUGGGGUACCGAACAGGUGUCAGGUACGGUAGUACACUUAUUGCCACUUAGUGGGCCUCCACGUACAACUGGGAGUCACCCAGAAUUGUUUCAAUCAGUACCACUUAGAGAUUUCCUGGGAGUGGUCUGAGGAGGGGGUCUCCCUCAAUAAGACCGGGAUGAGCGGUCAGUAAUGUCGGGACGUAGCCCGUGUAUGGGGAGGUAUGGUAGCCUCCAAAUUAUCCAUUAUUAGGAUAUUGUACUGUGGAGAAUUGGCAGCACCAUGAGCUCUCCUUCCUGGCUCUGUCGAUAUACAUGUAUUCAGUGUGACCCGGUCUGUGCAUACAGUAACAGAUCGUACUCCGUGGAAAUGAGCCCGCCCUAGGGCGUGGGGGUUCCCCCCAGUAUAUGUAUGUCACUAGUACCGGAAUAAUAUUCGCUUGGGGUUCACCCAGAGUAGGGGGAUCACCCCAGUAUAUGUAUGUCACUAGGACAGGAACCAGAUUCGCUUGGGGGUCACCCAGCGUAAGGGGGGUCACCCCUGUACCACAAUGUCACUUUGGAGAGGUGUCUGCCACGCUUGGGGGUCACCCAGCGUAAGGGGGGUCACCCCUGUUAAUCACUCCGUUAUGUGCCUCCACUACUGUGUCCUGGGAGGUGUAUCCCUGUGGGGAAGGAGUGUAUCCAAUGGUUGUGAGGUGCAGUGGGAGUAGGGAGCGGAGUAAGCUAUCAGCUCUAUUUAAUUUCCAUGCCAGUAGAUAGAGUAAUGCAUCCACUAUAUGCCCACAGCAGGGGACAGUCCAUUCAUAAUCCUCCAGAUGUACAAUAAAACUGUUAUUCAACAUGUCAAUUGUAUAGAACAGAAUAGAGCAAACUGUCAGCAGAUGCACACAUCAGGGAUCAGUCCUACAUAUUCAUGCAGAGUUACAUAUAAAACUUUUUUAUUUCACAUGCCAAUGAAAUAUGCCAGUAUAGAGCUCAGCAGUGAACAGUCCAUUCAUAAUCUUCCAGGAAAGGUACAUAUAAAACCUUUAUUCCACAUGCCCAUGAACAGUAUUGAGCUCAAAAGUACUUGUAAAACUUUUAUUUCACAGGAAAAAUAUAUGAAACAGUACAGAACUAGCCACCAGUUCAUGGGAAUCACGAACUGGCCAAACGACAUGGCCGACGUGAAUCUCGCAAGUGCCGCGAGAUUCAAGAUGGCCGCCGUUCGCGCGCAAAAGUGCCGUGCGGCCCACGAUCGAGGAUACGAUCGCGGUCUGCCAGCAUGGAAAAGAGUCCCCCUGACAUCCCCAACCCCCAGAGACCUGCCCUGAAGUCCCAGCACCAAUGAAUAAAAAACGCCGCGAUCCGUGCGAGACCAGAGUAAAGCAUAGGAAAGAAAAGGUGCCAGCAACAGAAAACAGGCUAAUAGGGGGCGUGGCCUAACAGUCAAUGGAGUAGGACGCACUCAUUCCGAGCUCCUAGGCCCCAACCUGAUUUGCCCCGAUUAACCAGCACAGCAACGCCGCAGAAAGCGCACCUCCAUGGGGGGGAAAAAUCGACGGCUACCUACCGCAGCCCAGGUCACUCCGGCCCCCUCCCGACCGCCAGCCGGCCCGAUGGACGAGUUCCUGGCCACGCCGCAUGGCCUCCGCGACACGGGCGAGACCGGAACACCGGCCCUCGAUUCCCCGGGCUCCAGCAUAGCGGGCUCGGCGCGGGAAUCCAGCACCCCUGGCACCCUGUCCCAAAUAUCCGCGGACCUCGCCGCGAUCUCCGCGAGCAUGAUGACCCGGAAGGAUAAAGGAGAAAUGGUGGCUGAGCUGAGGGCCAUAAUAAGGGAGGAAAUAGCGGCUGUGCGCACCGACCUCACGGCGCUGGAGCAGCGAGUAGACAGGUUGGAAGAGGAGCGCAUACAAUCCCAGCAGCACAGACAGGCAGCGGAACUGGCAACCACGAGGCAGGGCAACAUCCUCCUGGACCUCCGCCGGCAGGUUGAGGAUCUCGAUAACCGCGGCCGGCGUAACAACAUCAGAGUCAGAGGCCUGCCUGAAUCCGAGGACGAGGUACCGCAGGAGAUCCUGAAUGGCCUAUUUGCGCAACUACUAGGAGAUGCAGCUCCUGGCGACUUCGGCAUCGAAAGGGCUCACAGGGCACUCCGCGCCCCCAGAAGAGACGGGCAGCCAAGAGACAUGAUUUGCGCCCUCCUGUCAUUCCCGCUAAAAGAAUCUAUAAUGCGGGCAGCACGUGCACAGCAGCACAUCACUUACAUGGAAGCACAAAUAUCCCUUUACCAGGACUUAUCUACCAUCACCCUAGAUGCCCGCAGGGCCCUGCAGCCUCUCACCCGAGCACUUCAGGAGCGACGAAUUCCAUACAAAUGGGGAUUUCCAUUUAGCCUGCAGGCCCGGAUGGGAAACGUAUGGCACAUCAUCCGCUGGCCGAACGACGUGCCACGGUUUUUAAGAACCGCCAACUUACCUGCUAUCUCAGUGCCAAACUGGAUCCUGGAGGGACCCCCGGCGCGAGCCACAGGCCCAUCUGAAGUGGCUCACAACAUCCACCUGGAGCCUGGACCACCAAGACGCAGAGGAGGCCCAAUAGGCCCUGAGGAAUAGAGGCCCCCACGCCGCACGGACCAGUGGCCCCCCAUGAGACAUCCCAUGCCAGAUCAGGGCAUUGCCUCCCGAGCUUACCCCAGCAUUGAUUAUGGACGCCAUGCAGAUCCGAUGACACCACGGCAGGGGUAUGUACUUUUAAGUCCGCUGCCAGCUUGCAUUAGCUAGUAGACAGGGAGGAAGGCCGCAGACAGGUGGGGAGGGAACUGAAGCCACUUUCGGGGAGCGGCCGGGGGCUAGGGCCCCAUCAGCAAACCCACACACCCGGGGCAAAAAGGGGGACAUACCCCGUAGGUGGGGAGGGGAUGAUGGGCAGGGUACAAAGGGUCUGGACACCGACACCAUCACCCAGGUCACACCCUGGGUCAAGACUGCUGAACUGAACAGGCUGCUCUAGCACACCGCUGCUCACGGAACAGAGCUGAGGGGGGGAUGCGGGAGGGUGAGGGCUACGGGACAUGCGGGCACACAGGGCUAGAGCUGGGAGGGGGGCUGGGACAAAGCUGGGCACUUCUUGUUCAUGUUGUUUAGUUAUACACGGUUCCGUUUAUAUCACCCAACACACAUCACAGCCACUCACAUGAGGGGACAACCACGCACAAUCUGCCUCACUGAGACAAGCAAGACGCCAUGUUGGUACACCCCACUACGAAAGCCCAGGCACGCAGAUAACUAUCAUGACGAAAACUCUGGGCGCAGGGAGAGACCACGUCCCAAACCAGCCCCUCUGAAGGGACGCAAACGUGGGAGCUGGCGAGCCACGCCCACAGGGUGGCCUCACAAUGCAGCCCAACACAUGUAGGACUGACUACCCCCAAACAGCGCCCUAACACCCUAGACACGCUGACUUGUUGCCAACGAACUGUAAGUUACCAGGCGGGGGAGGGCAGACACGGAGGGCCCCGGGAUGUCCGGCAGACAAAACCAGUAGAAUCCCCUGACAACACCCGGCCACUAGGACCGGGACGCCAGGAGAGCCGACCGUGACGGGGGGACCCACGGGUACCACUGACCAUAAUGCCGACUGGACCGGUAGGCUUAUCCGCUCCCAGACCUCGGGACUGCGGUACAGGACACCACAGCCCGACCGACACUCUAAGUCCCGGGCGACUAUUGCGGACCCCUAGGCUAGAGUAGGCAAACAUGGCGAUUGCACACACCCUUACAGGUUGGGUGCCGAUGGAGAAGGGAGAGAACCAACCUCACUCAGAUCCGAGACCGACUUCACUGUAAGUGACCACACGGAACCCCCACUGAGACAGACCCACACUGUACAUUACACCGGCGUUCUCGUCGCUGAGGUUACCCACCAGGCUCGAGAACGAAUACACCCGGUACAGGGUCAGAGUCACACCCGCACACCUAGAAGACACGCCAGACCGUUCACAUCACCACCACAGACAGACAGACCCCCCCCACACUCACCACCUUUACACAUACAGACAACGCUGCGGGGACGCCGCCCUGCCGCCGGGAUGGACGCCUCGCGAGGAUUUGUCCCGGCCCAACUGACAUACUGGUCCAAUAAUGUUCAGGGGCUUAACACACCUGAAAAGCGCGCGCACCUGGUAAGGCGCCUAUGGGCCGUGAGAGCCUCCGUGGCGUUCCUGCAGGAGACUCAUCUCCGAGGACUGGACGCCCCCAAACUAGAGAACAGACGCUACCCGCAGGGAUUCUACGCGAACCACCCGGACGCUAAGAGGGCUGGUGUGGCAAUACUCUUUGCACAGACGACGCCGUUCCAACAUAUAGCAACGCAGGCGGACCCGAACGGCAGAUUCCUUUUCAUUAAGGGUACAAUCAUGGAACACACGUAUACCUUCGCAUGCCUCUACGGCCCGAAUAGAAAGCAGCAUACAUUCCUGGCCCGGACGCUAGCCAAACUGGAGAAAUUCAGAGACGGCCUCUUGGUCAUGGCAGGUGACCUCAACUUACCACUGGACCCCCGCACGGACACCUCCAGAGGACAAACCGCGAUCCCGGCACACUGCAUACUAGCAGCACUACGAGCUAUACAUAAACACGGCCUGGUGGAUUGUUGGAGGGCAUGUAACCCUGAAGGUAGAGACUACACCCAUUAUUCGACAGUCCAUAAAAACUACAGUCGCAUAGACUAUAUAUUCCUGGCCCAGGAAUACCUCAACCUCCUCCACGACGCACGAAUAGGCAUAAUGGACCACACAGACCAUGCACCACUGACGAUCCGCACGAGCUCCCCACUAUAUAAACCCCGCGAAAGACACUGGAAACUGAAUGAAUCCCUACUGGACGAUGCAGAGUGUAAGAGGGUGACUGCCCAAACCUUAACUGAAUACUUUACUACCAACGAAGAUACGGAGACGCCACCGUUAACGAUAUGGGAAGCUCACAAAUGCCUCAUACGAGGACAUUUCAUCGCCAUAGGCACCAAACGCAAGAAGGAACGAACACGACGUAUCACAACACUGCUAGACCGGAUAGCUGACCUAGAAGGGGAACACAAGACGGACCUCGCAGACAGCACAUACCUCCGCCUGACGGAAGCACGAAGGUAGCUGAAAGCCAUACUAUCACAAGGACUCUUACACACCGCGAGGAAGGCCUCCAGGUAUUAUUAUGAACACUCGAACAAAAGUGGUAGGUUGCUAGCUAGGAUGCUACAAGACAGAAGGAAAGCGCAACACGUUCACAAGAUACGCACGAGCAGUGGAGACACAACCUGCCUCCCAGACGGCAUACUGUCAGCGUUCCGGGAAUACUACGCGGCGUUAUAUAACCAACCACGACUCCACCACGACAGAGACAUAGGUAGCCAUCGAGAACGGAUAACCACAUACCUUCAGAACCACAUCACCCGCCAGCUUACCCCGGACCAGGAGGCGGAACUCGAAAUGCCCUUGACGAUUGAGGAACUAUCUGGCGCAUUGAAAUCAACUAAAGCACACAGGGCCCCGGGCCCAGACGGCCUACCAGUCUCGUACUUACGCUCCUUCAAAGACACCCUGCUGCCCAAACUUCUGAUAGGCAUCAACUCAAUCAGAGAUGGAGGCCAAUUCCACAGAGACACCCUGGGAGCAACCGUGGCAAUAAUACCCAAAGAGGGGAAAGACCCAACAAUCUGCGCCAGCUACAGGCCCAUCUCUCUGAUAAACGCGGACAUCAAACUCUUCGCUAAGGCUCUGGCACUCAGGAUGGCCCGAACGCUCCCGGAUCUGGUGCACCCGGACCAAGUGGGGUUUAUCCCCGGAAGAGAAGCCAGAGAUAACACUAUUCGAGCCCUCAACACCAUCCAUACCGCUAAAACGGGCAAAAAGGAAAUGGUCCUACUAUCCACUGACGCUGAAAAAGCGUUUGACAGGGUGGACUGGGUCUAUAUGUCGGAAACCCUACGACAUUUGGGAUACGGUCCACACCUGCGGACCUGGAUAACGGCUUUAUACACCUCGCCCACAGCCCGCAUAAGAAUAAACGGAGCACUGACUGACUCGUUUGAUAUACAUAACGGCACGAGACAGGGUUGCCCCCUGUCCCCACUCCUGUUUGCCCUCACCCUGGAGCCCUUCUUGGAGGCGGUCAGACAGGACAGGGGUAUCACGGGGUGCAGCAUAGGAGGAAGAGAACACCGGGUAGCGGCUUACGCUGACGACAUGCUCUUCUUCCUGGAGCAACCCAGAACCUCCCUCCCACAUCUCCUGGAGGCGUUUCGACAAUACAAGGAGGUAUCCGGCUUGACGCUUAAUCUAGAUAAGUCAGAGAUAUUGCUGCUCGCACAGGACAACAUCCUCCAACGACACAUCCAAGCACAAUUCCCCUUCAAGAUCUCCACAGCCAAGCUACACUACCUUGGGGUGUGGCUCCCGAGAGAUUUGACACUUAUCUACCGACUGAACUUUGCGCCCUUGCUCACCACCCUACAGCAAGACAUGAAACGCUGGACACCUCUAUACAUCUCGUGGUUUGGGCGCAUCAGUGCCGUGAAGAUGAACAUUAUGCCCAGAUUAUUAUACAUGUUCCAGACACUACCAACGUACCUCCCGAGGGCAUUUUUUCAGACCCUGACGACCGCAGUCAGGAACUUCGUCUGGAACCAAAAACCAGCGCGUAUCCGAAGAGCGAUUCUUGAACGCCCUAGAGGAGAAGGAGGUAUGGGAUUGCCGUCCAUCCUCACGUAUUACCACGCUACCCAUCUGCACAGAAUGGUUGAUUGGCAUGCAAACCCCAGUACAAAGCAAUGGGUAGACCUGGAGAAACACCAAGCCCAGGGACGAAUCCCCGCUAUGCUAUGGCUGGGAGACGCACUACCCAAGGAACUACUUACCGGGAACCCAAUGAUCGACGCCACGCUGAAGGUGUGGUGUAGGAUACGUUACUCCAAAAACCUCACGUCAUCGCCCAACCCACUCACACCAAUAACACACAAUCCGAGGUUAGCGGGAGGGCUAAGCACGGCAGACCUGAAAAAUCUCGGAGCGACGGACUGGGUAUACUCUAGCCAAUGGAAUUCCGGGACGACGCUCAAACCCCUGGCAACGCUGAUGCAGGACCGUAGGCCCAGUGGCCUAGACACAUUCCGAUAUCACCAAGUGAAAACAUACCUCGACGGCAUUGCGGGUAAAGGCCACCUACACCGCCCAUUGCUGAUGAUGGAACAUCUAUGCACGGCCAGACAACAUCUCUCACAUGGAGUUUCACACCUCUAUACCGCGCUGCUAAGCGACGGUGAUAAGAGCCCCCUAGGCUUCACAUCGCGAUGGGAAAGAGAGACCGGGAUGGAACUUACGGAAAAGGAAUGGCUUAAAAUCUUUCAACUAACACACAGGGGGACCAUCAGCUCCAAGUUCCAAGAAUGCAACUACAAAAUUCUAACAGGAUGGUACCGGACGCCAGAUAUCCUGCAGCACGUACAUGAGUCAAUUUCAAACGAAUGCUGGAGAUGCGGCACAGGAAUAGGAACCAGCAUUCACAUCUGGUGGACAUGCCCACGUAUCGAACCGUUCUGGAGGAUGAUACAUCAGACGACCAAAGACAUCACGGGCUCAGACGUCCCAUUCCAACCCAUGCCACUACUUCUCAACCACACGCGCACGCCGGUGAAGAUCUACAAGAAAGGAAUCCUCAUACACCUACUCACGGCAGCGAAGUCGCUCAUCCCACUCCAUUGGAAAAGCUCGACGAUUCCAACCCUGCAACAAUGGGUAGAUAGGGUGGAGAUGAUAUAUAACAUGGAGAUGAUGACAGCCUCCCUGCAGGGACGCCAGGAAAAAUGCGCUUUGGCGUGGUACCCAUGGAUGGACUACACAUCAAAACGGGCAGGAGGACGUGACCCGGUGGAGAGGGACGGCGCCCCCGCACCAAUACAACCCACCCAACAGAGCUCUGCACAGACACAGGCAGUACCAGACGAGUAGAUUGCACCCUCAGCACGACGGAGACACACUUCCUACGCGACCCCCCCCCCACCCCUCCUACCACAUGACACAUAGACACACAAAAGACCCGGAGGGACACAACCCCCGGGGGCACGCAGACCGACUUAAGGCUCCGCACAAAGCGGAAUCUAUGAGUGAGCAGAGACAGGGACAGAGGACCAUGGGUCACGGGAGGGGAGGAGUGACCCACUAGAGCGACAUAUAGACCAAUACACUAGGGGACGGAGGGAAGAGAGAGACCGGGACGUAAGGAACAUGGACUCACCCCCACCCCAGACACAAGAAGCCACGACCGGAGCCAGUAGCACCCGGCCCUGACCACGCCAACUAACAACUGGGGCAGCCGCAGGUGGCAUAUAUAACCCCACACACACACCGAACCCAGCGAGACCCAAGAUAAGAGAUAACAACCUAGAAUUAGGUAUCCAGAAGAGUCACGGGGACCAGGCUACAGGCCCCAGGGAUGAUAUGAUCACACCCACCGCACGAGCGACUCAAACCAGGGGCCUGAGGUGACGACACGGCAUCUGACACAGACCCCACACACCGCACAACGACAGAACAAGACAUCACAGGAUAACCCUACAUAUACUAGCUGCGCCCACGGACAACCUAGGCCAACUACCCCCAGGGAAAACCUAAAACAGAUCGACUCAGGGAAACUAGGGGGUAACUACACGGUCACAGGGGCAGAAUAAUUGGCCCCCUCAUGAUUUAAGGCUGAGCCCAUCCACACCAGGCUCAUUACGACCUAAACCAACACACAAAUCAAACACGAACCAGACUGGACCCCCAUACAAAGCCCCAGACGGUACCCCCCCAAAGAAGGACACACGUAGACAGACAUAACACGGAUUGGGACAAAGCUCUAUAUCCAUCAACCUGGCACUAGAAACACGAACAAAUCACCACGUACGAGGCUGGGGACAAAGACGAACUGCACCACACAUAGACGGAGACUACCACACCUCUUAAGUACCAUAGGUCACACUAGACCCAAUAAGUAAGUGAGGGGAAACCUUGCACUGAGCCAACCUCUCUAUUAGGGUCCUACCUACAAAUGAGGAAGCUCAGAUACCAAUGCAGGGUUGUACAACUCACCCUCUGACCCACGAGCACAACACAGAGCGGUUGAAACAACCCACCCGAAAACUCACACGAAUCUUGAGGAGCAACCACAAACUCCAUUCGCACCCGACCACAGAGGGGACUAACCCCAUACAGGGCUAACGACAGAACACAACACAAAAGAACGCUCACUGUUAUAAUGAAGCCAAAUACUCAAAUAUAAUUUAUUAUCCAGUAGAUGAAACUAUCUUGAUGCUGUAAUACACAUAACUGACCAGUUUAUAUGUUACCACAUGUUAAUUUAUAUUGGAUAUACAUGCUGUGAUUGAAUAUUGAAAAACUUAAAUAAAGAAUGUCAAAAAAAAAAAAGAAAACAGGCUAAUAAAGCAGAAAAUACAGGGUUAAUUCAGGGGAAGGGUAACAGGGGGAGAAUAUCACACUAUACAAAUCCAAAUGGAAGGCAAGUGCAAAAUAAUGAAAAACGUUUAGGCCAAAAUUGCAGGACAAGCUAAUAAAGUUUAACAAAAGUGCCCAUGCAUAUCCAGAAACAGUUUGGAGCAAAAACUGAAUGUCUAGCAUUAAAAAUCUAACUAAAGUGACCAUAGCAAUAUUAAUAAAAACAGUUGGAGCAAACUGAAAGUCAAUUAAUAAAGUUUAAUUAAAGUGGUAUCCAGAAAAAACAGUUAGGAUUAAAACUGAAUGUCUAGCAUAAGGUGUCUAACUACAGUGACCAUAGCAAUAUUAAUAAAAACUGUUUAGAACAAACUGAAAGUUAAGCAAUAAAUGAUUAACUAAUGACAAUUGCAAUAUUCAGUAAAACAGUUUGGAGCAAAAUACUCUGACCUGUGCCUUGGCUGGUAAGCAGCAAAGAAAGAGGAAGUCAUGUGUCUGUCAGGGCUUUAUAUAUGGAUGUGAUGCCUAUUACUGAUUGGUUUAAAGUUUAUUGAUUGACUUGUGCUGCUGGAGGCAUAAAGUAAAGAAAGUUAUGCAAAAUAUGAAGCCUCCUGUCAUGUGAUAAAAUUAAAAUUAGGAAACCACUAAUUUUAUGGCACGUGAACAACUUCAAUAAGUUGUAAUAGUGCCUACUCUGUUAAUUUAAAACAUUGUGAGUUAAACUUACCAAUUCUACAGAAGGUCAGAAAUAGAAAAAAAAACUUCAGAUGUUGCAACGUCUUGAGAUUAGGAUUAUUGUAUAAAUAUAACAAUAUAUGAAAAGAAUGGAUCCCUUUUUAUAGAAAAACACAUCUACCUCACAACUCUUACAAGUUACAGUCACGACUUGCUUAUUCUGUAAAACUAGCAAACGUUAGUGAUGAAAGUGUUAAAACAAAACGGCUAGCGUGUUUUGAUAUAUCUAUAUAUUUUUUCUUUUGUUUUUUUUAUUGUAUUACUUUCUUUUUAUUUAUUAUAUCUUUCUCAUUUUUAAGACUCUUGUUUUACUAGCCUGUUGUUUAUAUGUAUGUCACACAUUAAAAAGUAUACAUUAAUUAUGUAUUUUGUUUCAGUGAUGGAUACAUAAAGGCAGUAGGACCUACAGAACUUAUUCGUAAUCAAUUUUCUCAUGAAUCAUUUGAAACAAAAAUUGACUGUUCUGGCAAAUGUGUCUUGCCAGGUGGGUGAGAUAAAGUCUAUUUUUUUUUUUUAUUUUUUUUUGUACAUUCUGUGAGGCUACAAAACCCUGUUUAAUGUAUCUUUUCUUUACAUCAUUCCAUACCUAUGCAUACUGUACAUCUUUCAUGAUUUCAUCUUCCAAGAAACGUUCACUAACUGGCAGUGCCACACAAUCAUAUCGUAUUAAACAAGGUAUAAAUCUGUGCUGUAAUUCUUUAGCUAAAUUCUGGUUUUAGACGCCUGUGAAAAUGUCUCUGAAUGUGAACUGCUAUGUAUCUCCAUUAACUACUGUGCUAUGUAUAACUUGGAGGAAAGAUGAGACGGGGGAUAGGAUAGAAACAUUUAAAUACAUAAAAGGAAUCAACACAUUAAAAGAGGAGACUAUAUUUUAAAGAAAAACUACCACAACAAGAGGACAUAGUCCUAAAUUAGAGGGGCAAUAUUAUUUGAAAAUAAUAUCAGGAAGUAUUACUUUACUGAGAGGGUAGUGGAUGCAUGGAAUAGCCUCCCAGCUGAAGUGGUAGAGGUUAACACAGUAAAGGAGUUUAAGCAUGCGUGGGAUAGGCAUAAGGCUAUCCUAACUAUAAGAUAAGACUAGGGACUAAUGAAAGUAUUUAGAAAAUUGGGCAGACUAGAUGGGCCGAAUGGUUCUUAUCUGCCAUCACAUUCUAUGUUUCUAUAGGUAGCCUUUAAAAAGUAUCACAAGGGAGAUGCCGGCCUAACACCCGUAAUCAAGUAAAAAGCAGAUACAGUCCUUGAUCAAAUAAAAUAUGCCAUUUAUUAAUAUAAUCUAAAAAAAAGUAAAAACUUAAGGACAUGGCAGCAAAAAAAUCACUCAAAAGCGUAUCCCAGGGAGACCUCUUAACGCGUUUCAUGUAACAUGGCACUUAGUCUUAAGCAGUACCUUUUAAGUAGUACUGUGCCAAAGCAAUAUCUCCAAGUCCCUUUGUGUGCCAGUCUUAUUUUUUUUAAUUGAGGGUCGCUUGGUGUGUGUAUGUGUGGGGCUGCUUGUUGUAUUGCAUUUGAAAUACCUCGUGUGUUAUAGGCUGUGGCCUCCUGAUAUAGUUUGGUUAUAUCAGAUCCUGAGAUCUCUUUAAACUAGAUUGUACAACCUGUAUCUGUCUAAUACUUGAUGAUUGCGAUCCACCUUUACCUAACGCUGUACGUGUACUGGUAAAGCAGACUUAAUGCUGUUUUUAUUUUGCGAUUUCAAUUUCCAGGGUUUAUUGAUGCGCACACUCAUCCUGUAUGGGCUGGUGACCGAGUGAAUGAAUUUGCAAUGAAGGUAAUCUUCUAUUCUUUGUUUCUAUUUCCCACUUCCGUUCAAAGGACAAUAAGACUUUAGAGUAAAUGCAAACAGAAUAAACAAUUUGUUUUUGAAACGGAAAUCAGGUUCUCUCGGUGCAAUGAAUUAAUAGAUUCCUAGUGUCACCUUAUAGGAGGAACAGUCCCUGUUUGAGACUUAAAUCAAUCUGUCCCUCCUUUCUAUUAGAUUAGAUUAGUUGUGCAUGGAUAACAGAGCAAUAAAUUCCAAAUUAGUACAUUUUCAAAUAAUGGUAAAUACGCUUACAAAUUGUGUGUAUAAAACAUUUUCAUAUUACUUUUUUAUGUAGAUAGUCAUAAUGGCAACUGAGAUGAGCUAUCAUAAUAAUCAUUCUCGUAUUAGGUGACAAUAAAUGAGCAUAAUUGCUAUAGCACCAUCACAACCUCUACAGCCAGUAGUGGCUAUGUUGGUAGGAGUACACUGGUGCCUUUCCCCCCCGGUAAUGAAGCAAACCAUUUUACAUACCUAGGUCCCCCUGGGCACUUGGCCUAACAUUUUAAGCCAAAAAAAAUCAAUUUCCUUUAGUAAAUUAAUUUUACUGGUCGUAGGAAAGCGUUGCAAUGUAUGACAGGACACAAGGCGUUCGUAUUAUUAGAAGAUAAAGGUUACACAGUUCCUGCAGCCUUAUUUAUCCAGUGUAAUCUGUCUUCAACACUUAUUUUAUAAAAAUAAUUUAUUGCUGAAUUUCCUUUUUUUAGCUUGCAGGAGCCACUUACAUGGAAAUCCACCAGGCCGGAGGAGGGAUCAAUUCCACAGUAGAGUAUACCACCGCUGCUUCAGAAGAAGAACUGUACUGCAGCUUUAAACACCGCCUGCAAAGGAUGCUCCGCGCAGGCACUACACUUGUGGAGUGCAAAAGUGGGUACGGUCUAAAGCUGGAGACCGAGCUAAAGAUGUUAAGAGUCAUAGAACGUGCCCAGACGGAAAUGGACAUCGGCAUCUCCUCUACUUACUGCGGAGCUCACUCAGUGCCAAAGUAAGAGGCCGGCAAAAAUUAGAAUAAGGAGAAAGAAUGCUUUGAAUAAUACUCCAUUAAAUUAGUGACACAGUUUCACUGAUUCCAUUUCUUUAUACGGUAGCAAAACUAACUUCUCUUUAAGGAUCAAUGACUUUCCUUGAAGGAAUGACAAUCUGAUCCAUAUGGAACAUAAACAUGAAUUCUUUUGUUUAUUUUCGGUCAGCAACUUUGUAUCUCAGCCAUUCACAAUUAAUAAAAGAAGUUGAAUUAUGGUAAUAUGUAAAAACCCUGAACACACCCUGAAAUUCAUCUUCGUCCAUUUUUAUUUUUUUGCAAGCAGGGCUCUGGGCCCUAUUAAAACACAAUACACUCAGCCAAGUCAUAGAUAUAAAAAUGAAUUGUAAAAAAUGAACUGUAUGAUGGUCACCAUAGCAACUUCAUUUGAAAUGAAGGUACCUUUUUAUGAAUGGGGAUCUACUUCUUGUCUUAGAGCAUCAGCUGACCACUCUAGCCAAUCGGCGAUGCCCCUGCCCAGCGGCACUUUGCACUUCCUGAAAUUAGAUGAAGUUCUUAAGUUGUUAUGGUGACUAUACAGCUCCUUUUAAAAUAGGAAAAGGACAUGUUCACAUGUAAUUGGACUCUACAAGUGGUAGAGCAAGGAUUUCUCAUGCGCAUUUAUGUAUUAAUACUUCUAUAGUUGAUAAAUGAAUGGAUUUUAAAAGAUCAUUUAUACCCUAUUACCUACUGCUUUCUAUCUUUCUUGGUAGGGGAAAAAAUGCAGUUGAAGCAGCAGAUGACAUCAUAACUAAUCAUCUACCUGCCCUGAAACAGUUAGCCCUGAAUGGGGAAAUUCACGUGGAUAAUAUUGAUGUUUUCUGUGAAAAGGGAGUAUUUGACCUGGACUCCACCAAAAGAAUUCUUCAAGCUGGAAAAGCCAUAGGAUUACAUCUAAACUUCCAUGGAGAUGAACUUAGUCCCAUGAAAUCUGCAGAGGUUGGUCCACGUGUUACAAAUGUGAAAUUUAAGGCCAGAGUAGCCGAACGAAAAGCAUUGCUGACUUAAAGAAUUUUUCCAGUUUGGCUACUUUGGCCUUGUAUAUGAAAUUCACUUUGAAUUCCCAGUUUAGUGAAUUACCCUGUUGUGUCUAAAGGGUUUAUUUAUUUAUUUAUUUUCUGUAUUUUUUUUUUUUUCUAAGAACACCUUAAAUACAACUGGGUAAUCCCUAAAUCUUGAACUGUUAGGGGGUACUUGAGGACUGGGUUUGGAACCCCUGCUUUAUAUGAUUGUGUGCUGUACCCACACAUGAUCCCUUUUGAGCUUCUCCCUUGCAGUAACUUGUCCCCUAACCAAAUGUCAGGAGUGGAGAUCCUGUGCACCAUCACUAACAGUUUACUGAAUAAACACAUAACCCUUGACACCUUAGCUAGGGGCUAUCCCAGCUCUAACGAAGAGAUACGGUAAUGUACCCUCAACGCAAACAGCCCAAAUAAAAACUGUAUUCUUUUGAGCAGCAUAGUAUUGUUGUGGCAGGAUUAUGAAUGCACUGCCAUUUUGGGGCAUAGAAACAUAGAAUGUGACGGCAGAUAAGAACCAUUCGGCCCAUCUAGUUUGCCCAAUUUUCUAAAUACUUUCAUUAGUCCCUGGCCUUAUCUUAUAGUUCGGAUAGCCUUAUGCCUAUCCCACGCAUGCUUAAACUCCUUUACUGUGUUAACCUCUACCACUUCAGCUGGAAGGCUAUUCCAUGUGUCUACUACCCUCUAACUAUGACUUCUUAAACAUGCCAAACUCCACAAUUUUAAAAUAAUAGUAGAAUUGCAUCAGGACAAGCGACGGAAUUAAUUCCUUUCUGAUUUCCAGUUGGGUGCAGAAUUAGGAGCGCAUGCUGUGAGCCACCUGGAAGAAAUAAGUGAUGAGGGAAUCGUAGCUCUGGCUAAGACAAAGUGUUCUGCCGUGUUGCUCCCUACGACAGCCUACAUCCUGAGGUAUCGAUUAUUAGAAUAUUCUAUUGCUGGUUAUCGAUUGUAUAGAAAUUUAAAAUAUGUAUUUCUGGGGGCGGGGCCUGACCAGCAUGGCUGCCAGACGUGCAGAGUAUGAGCUCCUCAAAAAACUCUGGAAAAUCGUGCUCUAAUGAUGGGAUACUACCCACAGACACUACUCAAACGCCUACUUACCUGCUCCUGUACAGAGUGAGGACUCUCUGGGAAAGUUCGAAGCACCCCUUUACCUUUUGUGACAUGAACCCACAUCGGGGCCUACAAGCCUGCACAAGCAUCCGACAUACUCGACGUCUCGGUGGCCUGCCAAAGCACCUGAGGUGAGGGAGACAGCCGAUCCCUUACCCAAGCUUCACUCACACUUGGACCAAGGUCCUGUUCCCCCCCCUCUGGGCCGGCGGGGGAUAUCCCGGCCCCCACUGGUGGAACCUAGCGGCCUUGUCGGCGUGGCAAUACUCUUCUACAGAGGUCGGGAGGGUCGAGGCCUACCUACUAAAAUGGCCGCCAAGCCAGGACCCGCUGCUUCACCGAACCCUUCACAGCCUCCUCACCCUGUCGACCCAUUGCUGGCGGCUUUUGACCGGCUGUGUGCUCAGUUCUGGGCAAAACUCUGUGACCGCAAGCUACACACCACUCAUGCAUCAGACCCGCCCAAGUAUACUCACCGCCGCAACGCUGAGGGGACUCCCCCAAAUCGUGUCCGCAAACGGAGGCGUAGGAGGAUCCCACGACCAUCCCAGGAGCCCCGGCGAGCAGGCACUCCAGCUGGUUGCAAUCUGCCGGCACCACGAACCACCAAGGGACUUCCCCCCAGGCAAAACCUGCAUAGCCGUCAAGCUCCCACUUCACACCGCUGGCAGCCUAACGAGGAAAGUACCCCAUCGAUUUACCCAGCAGGCAGACGUGGCCAGACUGUAGCAAACACAGCACCUGAGUAUGAGGAGGCACGGAGCCGGCGGAUCGGCCUGCUACUCUUAACCAGACUCCAGCUUGUCAAGGACAGGGCCUCUCCCUCUGCAGGCAUCGGCUGAUUAGGCCGCAGACCAUUCUACAGCAAAGCUCCUGAGCAUAUUAUGUUCCUACACACAGUUAAACAUGUUUUUACUAUCUAGUUUCUGCAGUUCCUGUAUAUGCUAUGCUGUAGGCUACUUAAUAUAUCCCAGUGGUAAUUUUACCUUGUUAUCCUAGCCAUGUAAACAACAUGUAAUCUACUUUAUUAACCCUGAUUCCAUCAACAAUGAUAUUUCUAUUAACUAAGCCUGUACCAGACUCAUGUACCUAAGAAAUGCAUGUCCACAUCUUAUUAGCCCAACACAAAUGUCCUGCUAUGCUUUUCAAGAUUAUAAUGUUCACACGCUUGUUCUCUUUUCCACUACUAAACUAUGAAAAAUGUGCAAUCCUCACUAAUACCAUGUUACUGAUACCCUAUAUUUGUUUUACCAUACUUGAAAGAGCUGUUGUGGCAUAUGAAGCUUGACUGUUCACAUUUGCACAAAAAAUAAAGAAUUAUAAAAUAUGUAUUUCUAAAUUUUGGGCUAAAAUAGGGAUCGUCUUAUACAUGGGGGCGUCUUAUACACGGAAAAAUUGUGUGCGUUUCAGUGUCCUAUUUAUGUUUUUGUUUUUCUUUCAAGGCUGAAACAACCAAGAGCAAGGGACAUGCUUAAUGCCGGGGUAAUAGUCUCUCUAGGGAGUGACUUCAAUCCCAAUGCUUACUGUUUAUCUAUGGUAAGUUCUCUAUUAAACAAAAAUAGUUACCUGCGCACUAUCCCAAAUCCCUAUGCACAUGUUUUCAGCUAAACGGCUAAAUCUUUAAAGAGACCGGUGCAUAGCUGUGUGAUACAAAAGCAAAUUCAAACAUACAAAACGUAGCCCUGCGCUCAAACUCACACUAUUCCUGGGCGGCAGCUAUGACUACAGCGUACAUCAGUCCUAAAACAUACAAUAAAACAAAAAAUAAAUCCAUAUCAAAAAGCAUGUUUUAAUGUUUUGUAAUAAAGAGAAGUGUUACAUCCUUUGUAUAUGGGGACAUUUUCCAUCUGUAUUUAUGUAUCUUGUUUACAUUGCUUUUUAUAAUGAAUCUAUAAAAUAUGUUCAUUCAUUUUGUACAUAUGAUAUAUGGCAAGCAUCGAUUACGCAAAAAUGUAAAUUUUUACCACCAAAUUCUCUUUUUGCGAACAAACAUGCCUUCAUUUUUCAGCCCAUGGUCAUGCACUUGGCUUGUGUGAACAUGCGGAUGUCUUUAAACGAAGCCCUUGCUGCUGCUACAAUCAAUGCAGCCUAUGCCCUAGGACGUUCUCAUACCCAUGGAUCGCUGGAGGUCGGAAAACAAGGAGAUGUUGUUAUAAUCAAUUCCUCAAGGUUUGUAUUAAUAGGUUACACCUACUGUUAAAUCUCCACUUUUUUGCCAAAAGCAGUAUUAAAAGUUAUUUGUGGUAGAAGUUUAGACUAUGAAUCAUUUAUUACAGAUUGUGCCAGGUGUGAUGGACCGCCAUCACUGAGUACCAUGCCCACUGCUUAUUUGUGUGUUUUCCCCUUUAUUUGUAUGCAUUUCUUGUAUUUUUCCUGUUCCCCGUUUGGGAGAGCUCAUACGAAUGAAAUCCACCCUGAGUUCCCAUUUUGAAUGCUCAUUAGAACGUUCUGAAACCGCAAGGGAAAUCCUUAACAAAUGCUCCCCUGGGUGGCCGCCGGUUCGUAGAGCCGAAAGCCAACCUAGGGGAAGCAUUCGUAUCUUGAACUGGCAUGCCUGCACUGUUUCGUUCAGGUCUCCGUAUUGGCUGGAUGUCUCUGCCAACCAAUAGGAGAAGGAGCGCCCAUUUAAACUGGAUUUUGCUCCCUUUCUCCUGAUUGGAUGGCGAAAUCCCUCUCCUCUCUGAACACUGAUUGGCAUGAUUUGGCAUGUGCGCUUUCUCCGGAUUAGCUGUUCCUUGGUUGCUUGAAGUUUGAAUUCACCGGACUAAACCAAGCAACACUGUGGAACUAACUGUGCGGAUGUACAGAGCCUCUAGCCCCAGACUUUAUACGAUGAUCUCUCGGGCUCUGUACAUCCGAUAUAUAUAGCCUCGCUAUUUGCAGGGAUCCUAGUUGGGACCCGGGGCUAUCCAGCGAGAUAUGUGUGACCCCUUUCCUUUCCGGGACGUGAAGCCCCCUAAGUUUACCCCAUGUAUGUAAUGUGUCCUACUGUCUGUAAAUGUUGUGCUAUUGGUAUCUCCCAGAGCAGGAGAUUAUCUGUAAACAAUCCCCCCUGGAUUGUGUGGAACUGAAUGGAGACACCCUGUGUUGGUCUGUGUUAAUCCUGUGUCAGCAUGUUGCAGCUGGUGGAAGAUGAGGCGGGGAAAAUCCUUGUAAGGACUGGGAGCAAGCAGAGCUAGUUUCCCUAUUCAUUCCCCUGUUCCAGGUAGGAAGCAGUCCCUUUAACGGAGAUUACCGGUUGGGUUACAGGGAGUUGUGUUACACCAGGAAAUUGACUUUUUGUUAUUGUCCGUUAUCAAAAUGAUCUGUUUAAAAAUGAAGUAUGAAGGGAAAACAAUUUAGCUAUUUCUGGUCAGGUUAAUGAUGUAAAAGGUUCUGGGUUUCUGACAUUAUUUUUAAAUAUUUUUUUAAUUUUAAUAUGAAAAUGUUUAUGAAAAUUGCCUUUCUCACCUCUAAGGGUGGUAUUUUGUGUCUAUUUUCUCAAGUUUUCUACCAGAGGCCUUGGAGUCUUGGGGUUCUGCGCAGAAUGUUAGCUAUUCUGCACUCUUCUUGACAGAGAUCUCAGAUGUCCCAUCUGGAAUCUGCUGGAGAAACUCUCCUAACUUGGGGGUUACAUCCUUUCUAGCUCCUCUAGUCCUUGGUAUUUGUCCACCUUCUCAUUUUCCUUCUUUUUGAUAUUCCUGGCUAUUGCCACAUUCACCACCACUUCAGUCUUUCGUUCCUUGUCUACCACCACAAUGUCGGGUUGAUUGGGCAGUACUUGCUUUUCUGGAUCUGUAAGUCCCACAGGAUCUUGGCCCUGUCAUUCUCAACCACCAUUUGUGAUAUCUCCCACCUGUACUUGGGCAGAACCAGCCGGUAUUCUGCGCAUAUGUUUCGGUACACAAUCCCAGCAAUUUAGUUGUGCCUCUCAGCGUAUGCGGUCACUGCUCACAUCUUGCACAUGACUAUUAUGUGGUGGAUAGUCAUUGAGGCCUCUUUGGACAGUCUGCAUCUUAAGUCAUGUCUGUCUUGUUUCAGUCCUGCUUUUUCCAAUGACUGGUACAAAUUAAUAAUAUGAGCCACAUCCACCAUCUGCCGGUGGUAGACCUCUUAGAGGGGAUUGUCUUGCCAUGAAACCUCCUCCAUUUUCUGCCUCCUCUCUAUGUUAUUGUCUCAGACAUUUUUCUUACCCGUUCAUCUUUGUGAGCCAUUUUUGUGAUGUGCUCGUGCAUGCUUUGUGUUUCAUCCAGGACUGUGGCCCUGGCACUCAUAAGGCUAAGAUUUCUUUCCUUCUACUGAUGUAUAAUCUCCGAGUGCUAGAUUUCAGAUGGAAUCCUCCAUUCAUUGUGAGUAGUUUCUGGGUCAUGAUAUCCAUAGUGUCCACUGUCCAGCUCGUCUCUCGGCCAAGUUGUCUCAACUAGGUACCUGAUGACUGGUAGGUGUGUAUGUGUUGAAUAUGUGUAUCAUGGUGUUCUUUAUAUUGAGCUGGGACUUCAGGAUCUGUCUAAAACUGAGGAGGUACUUGAAUGUUGCCUCUUUCUUAUGGUUCCCAUGUGUUUGUGGUCCCCAGGUACCUAAACUGCAUGGAAAUGUAAAAUGGCUACAACAUCUUCAGUUCUAAUAGUCUUCCAUCUUCCUUGCUGUCAUACGCCCACACUCAUCUAGUCUGAAAAACAUUUCAAUGCCCUUGCUGUACAUCCUAGUUAGGUAGAUCAUCAAGUUGAUAUCCUGCUUACUUGGCGUAGAGCUUGAAGUUCCAUGUAGAAGAGUGGUUAAUGGUAGCUACUUUCUUGAACCUGUAUUUAUUUUUUUCUAUUUUCCUUUAAAAAUUUCAUUUGUGGUUUUAAUUGCGUUGUUUUUUUUUUCUUCUUUUCACAGAUGGGAACAUCUAAUAUACCAAUUUGGUGGCCAUCAGGAACUAAUUGAAUAUGUCAUCAUCAAAGGAAAAAUUGUUCACAAAAAUGAUAGCAUUCUUGGUCUCUAAGAGGCCUGUUUAGAAUGCAAGAAUUCGUUUUGAAGCAUCACAAUGUUUCACUUCAAUGUCUAAUCCAUGAUGGUGUACAAUAGAAAUCCUUAUUGGACGGACUGUUAAACUGUCCCCUAAUAUGCUGGCUUCAAUACUGUAGCCAUCAACAAGUUAAAAGCUGUACUGACCGUUGCAAAUAAAAUAACAUUUCUCAGGUUCCA